GGCUUGCCAUAGAAAAGCGAAAGUCAUCUGAACCGGACGAAUAUGUCAUAUGUGAAACUGGUGUCGCUGUGUGCCGUGGCUCCGGGGCUGGCGGGCCUGCUGAGCGGCUCGGUGCUGGCCGCCGCCGCCGCCGCCGCCGCCUCCACGGAGGGGAAGAAGAGGAACACCCAGCCGGCCCUGAGCAUCGAUGAGCUGCCGUCUCUGUACACGACUCCUGAGUCGGAGGCUCGGUACGUGGAGCCGGAGGCAGGAGCGCUGGAGCAGAGCGUGUCGUCGCUGAGGAAGUGGGCCGAACCGUACACCAGCCAGUGCCAGCAAACUGGGCAGGCUGCAGUGGACAAAGUUGAGCAGGUGUACAGGACGGUGGAGCCGACCAUCAACACGACAGUAACGGCCGUCACUGAUACGUACCAGUUCCUCAGCGACCCUCCUCCUGACCUCUACCCCAGCGUGGCCGCCGUGGGUUUCUCCGGCCUCCUGGGACUCUAUCUGGCCAAAGGCUCCAGGGUGAAGCGCCUCGUAUUUCCAGUCGGACUCAUGGCUCUGAGUGCCUCCAUGUUCUACCCUCAGCAGGCCGCAGCCUUGUUAAAGGUGAGCAGAGACUCGGCGUACAGCUGGGCUCAGCAGGGCCGAACCGCCGCCGAGAACCUCUGGAAAGAUCCACCGUUUGCCAAGAAGAAGCCGGAGAAGAAAGAGGCGACAGAGAGCGACGACGCGAGCAGCUGAAGGAGAAUCACACCUCAGUGACACACCUGCACAUGAACUGGGCUUAUUUCACACACAGACAAACUCCCAGAGCCGCACAUCUGGAUCGGUUCGCUUGUCUCGCUUUGUUAUGUAGCAGAAGCUUAUCAGCCGAGUCGUUCCUGAACUCCGCCGCCACUUCCAAGAAGCAUCUCUCUGGAUAGCUGAGCAGGUUUUAUUCAGAUUACUUCCUUAAAUGUGCUUCUUGGAACAGCCCUCGUAAACAUUUCUCCUUUUUCCUUCGAUGAACUCGGCUCAGAAAAUCAGGUCACAUGAUUCUGCUGACAUAGCAUCCACCACUGACUCGUCCUCAAGCUUCAGCUUCACAGACCGCGACAGACAUGAAACCUUUUUCAAACGAAUCCCUGUCAAAAUGACUUCCUUUUACUCAUCUUACUUAACACUCAGUGGAAUAUUUUGGGACUUUCAGAAACUUUUUAGUGGAUUAAACAAUGAAUUUAUGCACUUACACAAUAAUUUGCAGAUUAAUUGAUAUUGAAAAUAGGUGUUAAUUGCAGCCUUAGAGGGAAUAUUCACAUUGAACCUUAGUCCUCCUGAUCAGUCUAACAGAGAGUCAGAUACUCAGCCAGCAAGAACUACAUUUUCAAUCAAGUAGCAUUCCUAUGCUAGCAACUAGCAUUCCUAGCCUAGCAACUACAAUUCCUAGGCUAGCAAAUGGCAAUAUUAGGCUGACAACUAGCAUUCCUAGGCUAUCAGCUAGCAUUCCAAGGCUAGUGACGAGAAUCUUUAGGCUGACCACCACCAUUCCCAAGCUCAUAAAUGGCACUUCCAGGCUGGUUGCUAGUGUUUCCACGUUAGCCACUAGCGUUACUCGACUGGCAACCGGCAUACCUAGACUAGCAUCUAACGUUCCUGAGAUACAAACUGGCAUUUCUAGCCUAGCAACUACAAUUCCUAGGCUAGCAACUGGCAUUUUUGAGCUAGUCACUAACAUUCCCAGGCUAGCCACUAGCAUUCCAAGUCCAGCAACUAGUAGUCAUGGGCUAACUACCGUCAUUCCUGGACUAGCAACUAGCAUUACUCAGCUAGCGACUGGCAUUCCUAGCCUAGCAGCUAUAAUUCCUUGGUUAACAAAUGACAAUCUUAGGCUGACAACUAGCAUUCCUAGGCUAUCAGCUAGCAUCCUAGGGCUAGUCACAAGAAUCUUUAGGCUGACCACCACCAUUCCCAAGCUCAUAAAUGUUACUCCCAGGCUCAUUGCUAGUGUCUCCAUGCUAGGCACUAGCAUUUCUAGGCUGAUAACUAGCAUUUGUGGACUGGCAACCGGCAUUUCUAACCUAGCAACCACAAUUCGUAGGCUAACAACUGCCAUUUCUAGGCUAGUCAUUAACAUUCCCAGGCCAGCAACUAGCAUUCAUGGGCUAACCACUGUCAUUCCUAAACUAGCAACUAGCAUUACUCGGCUAACGCCUGGCCUUCCUAGUCAACGAGCAUUCAUGGGCUACCGACUGGCAUUCCUAACCUAGCAACCCCAAUUCCUAGGCUAGCAAUGAGCAUCCCUGUGCUACCAACUGGAAUUCCAAAGCUAACAUUCCUGGACUAGCAACUGGAAUUCCACAAUUACUGGGCUAGCAACUAGCAUUCCUGGGCUAGCAACUGGAAUUCCAAAGCUACAAACUGGCAUUCUUAGGCUAGUCCCUAGCAUCUCCAGGCUUGUCACAACCAUUCCUGAGCUAACAGCUACCAUUCCCAGGCUAACAAAUAGCAUCACCAGGUUAGCAACUUGUAAUCUUGGGCUAGUGGUCAGCCCCACAGGCUAGUCAUUUGUCUCCCUGACGGUAUUUUAUAAACACGGAACAAACUGUGUGUAUGACGUGUAGGCGAGGUGCACAUAUACGGUCGCUUUUACAUAAAAGGGAUGCUAGUUGCUAGUCGAGGAAUGCUAGUUGCUAGCUGAAUGCUAGUGAGCAGUAAAGUCAGGUGUGUAUCCAGUGGGUUGCUGAUGUAGGCAGGUGAAUAUAUGUAGAAAUAGAGAAAUAGUGAACUGCUCCUUUAAGCCUUUUCAGCAUAAUGACGUGAGGUUUUUUAUUGACCAAACUAUCCGAUAACAGCAGCUUUUAGAAGCCAGUUUUUAGUCCACAUUUGUCAGAUAAUUCAGCGGGUUUUUAGAUCAUUUAUUCUGCUUUCUCACGUAUCAGAGAUCAGUCGAGCUUUCUGUGGACUCGUCACCUCCUUCUGUGGCAUAAAGGAGGGUUUCUGUGCUCACGAGUUUCAGUUUCUGACUCACAACUGUUGAAUGUUUUGUUCAGGUCACACUGUGAUGCUUUUAUUUCUGCUGUGAUCCAAUGAAGGGCCAAACGACGUCUGCAUCCAUCCAUCCUAAUUAUUAAUGAAGCGUUAAUUGUCCAUGUCUGAUGAAGCGCUGUAUAUACUGUGUGUAAUUAAAUCUGCUAUUUAUCACUAAACACACACACAAGUGUUCUCGUCUUAUGAGCUGCUGGUCAUCAUAGAAACAUACAAAGUGAAGGUCGGGCGCAUUUUCAUCAGUUAUUGUUUGCACAAGUUAACACCAGAAAGAUAUUCAUGUUAUUUUAGAGAACCAAUAAUGAUUAUUUUGGACUAUAAUUUAUUUUCUGAUUAAUAAUGUUCAAGAAUAAAAACAGUAAAAGUAAUAUUUACUGAGCUUUCUAUGUUCCAGCUUCUCCUCCCUUUUGUCUGAUGUUUGAGGCUUUGAGGCUGCAGACACACUGGAAAAAGGUUGGUUUUCCUUGAAUUCCCGAUAAAAAGCUUCUGCUUAAAGUGUA